CGUUGGCUGCACUUGGCAGAUGCACCUGGCUGCACUCAGUUCUGAGAUGUGCCAACUCGGGACGGAGCAACCCCACUGCCGCCAGGGCGCCUCGUGGGUCACUUCCCUCCUCAAGCCCGGGACCUCUGUGAGUUCCUGCACUGCUGCAGUGUGAUUCCCCACGGGAUUCUCCGUCGCUCCUGCUGGAUUUCACCAUGGCAGGAAGCUAAAGAUAAGGAGACUCGAACCUACGGACAGAAAAGGACCCUUUCGUUGAAAGGCUGUGGGCCAGGGAAGACCACCCGCUUCUCUGAAGGCAUCUGCUCUCUGAGCUAGACAGUGUUCAGCCCCUGGAGCCUUUGUGCACUCCCUUUGGAGCGGAGGUUGAAGGGGAAAGCACCUUUGCCUUUGAGGCCCCACACAGUCCAGUGGGGCCAGGGGAUGAACUCGCAUUCAAGCGCACAGGAAAGCCAGACUCCACGAGGCCAGGAGUUUGCCAUUCCCACCAGUCUGAUGACCAGUGAGAGUGAGGGGGAUGAGAAUUCCCUGACCAGAAGCGCACCCCUUCCCAAUGACUCCCAGGCACGCAGUGGGGCCCGUUUCCACACGUCCUACGACAAGAGGUACGUCAUCAAGACCAUCACCAGCGAGGACGUGGCUGAAAUGCACAACAUCCUGAAGAAGUACCACCAGUAUAUUGUGGAAUGUCAUGGGAUUACCCUUCUUCCCCAGUUCUUGGGCAUGUACCGGCUUAAUGUGGAUGGAGUUGAAAUAUAUGUGAUUGUUACAAGAAAUGUGUUCAGCCAUCGUUUAUCUGUAUAUAGAAAAUAUGACUUAAAGGGCUCCACGGUGGCUAGAGAAGCGAGUGACAAAGAAAAGGCCAAAGAACUGCCAACUUUAAAGGAUAAUGAUUUCAUUAAUGAGGGCCAAAAGAUUUAUAUUGAUGACAGUAACAAAAAGGUGUUCCUGGAAAAACUGAAAAAGGAUGUCGAGUUUCUCGCCCAGUUGAAGCUCAUGGACUACAGCCUGCUGGUGGGGAUCCACGAGGUGGAGAGAGCGGAGCAGGAGGAGGGAGAGUGCGAGGAGACCGAGGGGGCGGCGGAGGAGGAGGGGGAGAGCGACGGCGCCCACCCGGCGGGCACGCCUCCCGACAGCCCCGGGAACACGCUGAACAGCUCCCCGCCCCUGGCUCCCGGCGAGUUCGACCCGAGCAUCGACGUGUACGGGAUCAAAUGCCACGAGAAUUCGCCCAGGAAAGAGGUGUACUUCAUGGCCAUUAUUGACAUCCUCACUCAUUACGAUGCCAAGAAGAAAGCUGCCCACGCCGCAAAAACUGUUAAACACGGAGCUGGAGCGGAGAUCUCAACAGUGAACCCAGAACAGUAUUCAAAGCGCUUUUUGGACUUUAUUGGCCACAUCUUGACGUAACCUCCUGCACAGCCUUGGGUGGGCACGAACGCGGGAAGAGCAGAGGUGGCUCUGGUGGAGGAAAAGUAAAAACCAAACUCAAUGAAGCGCUCACAUUGCAGGAAGCAAACCUCCUUGUUUACAUCUUCGGGCCAAGAUGACUGAUCGAGGGGCUACUCGCUUUAACAGCUACCUGGUAUUUCCCAGCAUUGUUCUAGCUAUUUCAGAAUCCGUGUGUGGGCGUGCUCGCGUGCACAUUUUUAAUUAAGUAAGUAAAAUGGAUCAGCUUGACUCAGAAGGAACCCUCAGGUUCCAGCUGUGGCCGAAGGAAUGGGCACAUGGGGGAAGCCAGAAGGAAGAGCAUGUCAGAGCACGCAUGUCGGCAUCAGCUGAUAGACUAUGGAUGGGUUUAUGUUUUUGAGUUGAAAGAUGUGAGACAGUAUUCAAAAUAAUAAUGAAGAUAAUAAUAAUGAUGAUGAUUAAAAGGAAAAAAGAAAUCACUGCACAUGUUCCACUCUGCCCUGCACGCACACCCCUUAAUAGCGGUCACCAGCCCCCGGCGCCAGGCCGAAGAAUGCCGGUGUCUCCGUGUGUACUGGCGUGGGGUUCUGUCCCCACACUGUCAAGGUCCCCAGUGGCCCGGAAUAACCCUCCUCCCCCUCCGAGAGGCCAAUGCCAUGGGACGCUUGUCUACAUUUUCACCUCCAUAAAUACGUCUGGGAAGACUGCUUGCUUCUCUCUCCUUGCCUGGAGACUCUUCGCUGUUACACCCUCCUGUUGCAGUGUAGGAAUUCACGCUACAAACAAGACAGAGCUUCCCUGAGAGCUGCAUAGUUUGGGGCAAUGGUAGCUACAUCUCCCGCUCUCUGUUCUCCUGUGACCCAGUGCAAAUCCGAAUUCUCAGAGGUUUAUGUUUGAUCACUGUUUUAAACAGCGGUAUUUUGUUACGAAUUAUCCCUUUGACUGAACCCCUCGGUUUUACUGUUUACAUUAUUAGGAAAACAGGGAUAUUUUUGAAUCUAAAAAUUUAACAUACAGCAUGUGAUUUUUGAAGUUUACAUGAAAAGUCAUUUUACAGUGUAGGUGAAAUAAUGUUUGUCCUAUUCUGAAAUGGUAUCCUGCAGUCCUGUUUUUGAGUGAAUGUUUUGUUCAAAGUACACGGUAGACAGUCUUUUACAAUAAAAGGAUAAAGAUUGUUUUGUUUCCUCCAAAUGCACAUUUAUGGACCUGAUCUUUUUUUUAAAGCAAAAGAUUGAACUUGAAUCUGGUUAUGUAAGUUCAUUGCCCUAAACUGUGCUGAUUGUGUUUAAUCAAGUUAAAAAUCUCCAGCAUCGACUGUGUAUCUACUAGCUUUCCUGCAUUGUCCAAAAGGUGACAAGUUACAAAUAUUAGUCUUGCUUAGAGUAGGUUAUCGACUUACAUGCUGUGCUAAGCUGUGCCUUUAAAACUCUUCGUUGAGAACAUGAGAUGGUUUUUUGUAGGCAGUUUCAGAAAAAGGAAAAGAAAAUCCAUCCUUCAGUAAUCACCUACAGCUCCAGACCUCGCCAGACUGCCUUUCCGGUCCCUCCACUUCCGGGCUCUAGGCACAGCUGUGCCGUCUGUGCGGGCUGCCUUCACUGCGACUUUGGGAGCAGCAGCAAUGCCAUCUGACUGCUAUUGACUGACUGUGCGUUGAUCCGCUGCCCAGUGCUGUUAGCUUCCCUGUAACAUAGCUGCACAGACCUGGACUUUAUGGACUCAGUUAAGCGAUGCUAUGAUCUGGUUCCCCAGCCCCCACCGCUGCGCCAUUAAUUCCGGCAUCAGAUCCAUUUUGGUGUCCUGAAGCUGUGUGGUCCCUUUGACCCAAGACUUACACAUGAGAGACCGUGAAGUAAAGACAAGGUAUACAUACAUUCAUGAUUUGACUGUUUCCUUUGUGGCCAAUCUGUAUGCUUUUAGAAGUUUACACAAUGCUUUGUUUUUGUCUGUAACUGUCUCUGUCAUCCAUUCCCAUUGAUACGCUGUGUGGACAGAGUGAAGAGUUUGCCUCUGUCUCCUAGUGCUAACCAUACACUCCAGUCUUGAGCCAGGCUUUACAAAAUAAAGCACUUUGAUGACUCUCAAGGUGGAGCCCCGAU